AAUUAAUAGGCAAGCUACUUUUAGUAAUCAAAAGUAGUGUACUUUUUUUUCUGUAAAGAAACAAAAUUAUCAGUUGAAGACAAUGAAGAAGUGAUGAAAGUUUUAAUAAGUGCGACACAUAUCCCGUCGUAUUCUUGAAUCAGUUGAUAAAUAAUGAUUUUUAAUAAACAACCUGCAUAGACUAAUUGUGAUUAGAUUGAGGGACGGCGAUUUUCAGUAAUAUCUUUUGAUUCGCAUAAAUUUAUAUCGAAUACGUCACUUAAUAUCGAUUUGAAUCUCAAAUCAAUUCAUUGGAUUGACAUUAUUUAAACUACGAUGCUGUCAAAAUGCUACCAGAUGUGCUUAGCUUACAACAUUGGCUAUUCCAAAUUAAGUAUCAUAUUUCAUUUCUUAUUAUUUUCAUGCAUUAUAUUUUCAAAUUUCGACCCAAUUUUGUGCAUAAAUAGAUACAAUAAAGUUCCGAAUGAUUGCAAUGAAAUGCCUGAAUACUCGUCUGUAAUUCGACGUCCAGGUGAUGGUGGCUUAGAAAUUCGUAUUCAGCUUUUGCCACCAGAUGCAAAACGUCGACGUGGUAGUGGUAAUAAUGGUCAAGUAAUUCUACAUUCAUCUGGUUUAAGUUCACCAAGUUACAAACCAGUAGUUCAUUACCUAAAUGGUAGGGAUUAUCUCAUUACAGUUGGGCCUAAAUUGCACUCGGAUACAGUUAAAAAUGGAUUACGACUGGAAUCUGUAUACUUGACUGCUGUACCAUUAGGUUCGCCAGAAAGUGAGGAAUUUAAUCAGAGUAAAGGAAGAUUUAUGCCAACAGUUUGUUCAAAUCAUGCCAUCGGAGCAAUUCGUUUUGCAUAUAAUUUUCCUAACCACGUGAGCUUUGUAUGGACAAGUCCAGCUAAUUCAGAAUCAACAAUACUGAAAUAUACACCGAAUGCACAAAGUUUUAAUUCAUGUCUUGAGAUAAGAGCUACAAUCAUACCAUGGCAUUGGCACAGAUUUUAUUUCAAAAAUUCUGGAUCACUUCGUCAUGUAUUAUGCCCAGCAGAAGAUUUACGUCAAAUUGACGAAUGGUCGGAAUAUUUACACUCAAAUACAAAAUUAUUUAGAAAAGUGAAAAGUGAUAAUGUUAAAGCACGAUCUAUCACAAACAUUGGAAAAUUCGAUCAUGAUGAUAAUAAAAAUCAUCGUUACAGUGAUAGUGGUUAUUAUGGAACUGAAGAAUUGGAUUCAUGUUCUGUACAAGAAUUACCAAAACCUGUUCGUACUUGCUGUGCAUGUAAUACAGCUAUUUAUCGUCUAAUUAUACAAUCUGAAUGGCAACAACAACAACACUGGAGAGAUUGGCCUACUACACCAACUGGUGCCAGUGGAUCAACAACUGAAAAUCCACAUUGGAGUGAAAUUCUUGGUGCUUCACACAGCCCACAAUAUGACAUUUUUCAUGCUGGUGGCUAUGCAUCACCCGCUGUUGAUGCAUUAUGCACUACAAGUGAUGUAUCCAAAUUGGAAAGUGAAUUUCGUAAUCAAGCAGGUGAGAAUAUAUUAACUGUUAUACGUACAAGAGGAAUUGAUUCUAUGGCUCCACCUGAACAAAGAUUUCGCUCUGCCCUGUUUGCAGUCAACAGUUCUCAUCAUCUGUUAUCAUUUUUAUCACGUAUAGUUCCAAGUCCCGAUUGGUGUACAGGUUUAUCAAGAGUUGAUAUAUGUCUACAAAAUUGUUCAUGGCCCUUAAGAAUGCAAUUUCGUUUAGAACCAUGGGAUGCUGGCGUUAUGACUGGUAAUACAUAUAUUCCCAUUGAAAAUUCUGAAAGAUUAAGAGAACCAAAACCAAUGUGUCCAAUAACACCUGAUUUACGACCAAAUACUCCAUUUACUGUUUUGACUGAUUACGUAUCUCUACCGAAUUCGGAUUCAUUCAGUUUAACUAAUCUACAUACGAGUGGUUCAAAUACAUUUAGAAAUCCUAAUUUAGGUUUACCAAUGUCAGAUCAAAUGAAUCUAUUAAAUAUUCCAUCGACCAGUGGACGUAUGCGCAGACAAUUUGCACGACUUGGUACUGUUGAACUGGAGUUAUUACGCAUAAAUGAGCAUGAAUCUUGUGCUACCGAAGUUCUUCAAGAAGAUCAAGCUAUGUCAAAAGCAUCAAGUUUUCCCCGUCGUGAUUCUUAUGGAGGGUCUUUUGAUACGAGAAGUGGUACAACAGAGAGUGAUGCGAAAAGAACACCAACUGACUUAUUGGGGGCUCGAUGUCAUUUAAGUGAAUGGUCCCCAUGGAGUCCAUGCACUCAGGUCGAUUUAGAUACUUGUUCCACUAAUGAGGCUAAAUCAUUCUGGACCAAUACACCACCUCGCAUGUGGCGAACGAGACAUAGUAUAACCCAAUCAAAAAAUGAAGACUGUUUAGCUGCCAAAUUAAAGGAAGAAAAAGCUUGUGAAACGCCUACAGCUAAACAAACCUGUGGACCAAUUCCAAUUAGUACACCUCAUACAAGAAUGAAUUUUAUGGAUACCUGCAACAAAUUACCUUGGGGUCCAUGGACUACAUGUAUUAACGCAACAUGUACGCGUCCAGGAAUGAUUUAUCGUUGGAGGCGGUUUCCUGAUCAAGCAUCUAAAGUAACAUGUGCAAGGCAUCCACUAGCAAACCAAGUUGAUACUUGUUGGCCACCAUCUAAUUUCCAAUGUUCUUUGACGGAAUUACAAACAGCAUGUCUUGAAGAACCACCUACUCCACAAAGAUUAUGUGUUAGACCAAUGAACACGACUAAACGGAUUUCGUGUGUGAGAUAAUAUGAAAUAUCGAUUGAUAAUAAAUCCGAAUUUCUCCCUACUGCUGGUUACGUGAUCUCAUAAUUUAUGGAAUUUCCGAAGAUGCAUUAUGAUUAUAAGUAAAAGAUGGCAAAAAAAAAGAAAUUUGGGAAAAACACGAUAAUCGUCCCAACAAAGCCUUAAUAUCAUUGUGGUGGGAUACUACUACUCUUCAGCGACGAAGCAAUGCAAAGAAUUUGAAUAUGUUCCUGAAUGUCAUCUUCAUGCACUUAUUGCAAAUCAUCCAAUUAGUUUAACCAGGAAUGUAUUUAAAGAUCGAAACACUUGUGAACAACUGUGUACAAACAAACAAAUUCAAGCAGAUGCUGUUUGGAAUCCGAUUGUUAAAAGAGAAACAGAGAAAUUACAGCACAAAUGUGAACAGUCAUUAAUGAAAGGAUCAUUGUGUCAGUCGAAUAAAAUAUCUUAUAGCUGGUAUUAUGAUAAACAAUUUAAUAGAUGUAUAUCUUUUGAAUAUCUCGGUUGCUAUGGAAAUGAGAACAAUUUUAGAACAGAAAAGGAAUGUAUCACUCAAUGUGUCUACCGCGAUAACACUACAAAUGAUUUAGAUCAAUUAAAUUUGACAAACAUUAAUAAUAAAACAUCACUUUUAAAUAAUACUUAUGAUAAGUGGAUUCAAAUGCCUCAAGAAUGUCGGUAUACGCAAUGGACAGAUUGGUCGAGUUGCAGUACUACCUGUGGACAAGGAAUUCAGACCCGUGUACGUGAACGAAUUUCAUCAAAAUCAGACAACUGUCAGAAAAUUUUACCGGAACUUAAACAACAAAUGAACUGCUUACUUAAGGCUUGUUAACUAAUAAUCACAAACUGGUCAUUUCUAAGUUUUUCCAUUUUCCUUAUACAUAUGUUAAAAUAUUUCUCAGUUAUUCAUUACUACUGACCGAGAUAUACUACUCAAGUAAAAACAAAUUAUAAAUGAAUACUUUUCAAUGAUGAUAUUUACAUGGAGUUCAUAGUUUCGUUUUAGUACAUAUACUGUGUUUAUUUUUUUCUUUUCCAAAUAACUUGUCACUUGUUGACGGUUGUUUACUAUUUUAAAGUAUAGAAGAUUAUCGAUGUUAAAUGUUUGCAUUCCGUUGUUAAUUAUCUAGCAUUUUACUCCAACUUUUUCUUUUUUCUCAUCAUUAAACAAUUCGUUUUGUUCUUGUUAUUAUUGCUUGUAUGGCUGCAAUAAUUAGUUUUGUUAUCAUUGUAAACUAUGAAGUGAAUGAAUCCUUUAAAAAAGAAAUGCAACUUUCAACGAAUAUUUAAUAGAUAUUUUUCUUGUA